GUCAUUCGCGUCAUCGUACGAUUUUAUAUUUUUCAAUUUUCGGUUUGGAAUCUUCAAUCUCAAUAUAAUAAUAGCAUUAAUAGUGCGUUAAAAUAGUGCGAAAUGUGUUGAAACAAGGGAGAAUAAAUUAUUUACAAGUUGCUGAUAUGUUUUCAUGACCUAUACAAUUCUCAGAUCGUGAGGCGAAAUGUCGAAGGCUGUGCUUAUUCCUGAGUGCAAUAAAGAUAUUGGCGGCAUCAAGGAAGAGAUUAGUCUUUCGCCUAGCGAUAAGAAAGAUGGCGCUAUUUCACUAUUUAGCAGACUAUUGCGCUUGGAUUCGCUCGGGAAGCGUCAGAACGGUCCCAAAAGCCCUACUACCGAACCCUUGACCACUUACUAUGGAGUUUAUAUUCCUUGCGAAAUCAAGAAAGGACCUGAUGAAGAAGCACUACAUGUUUACGAAAACAAAGUGGAGGCAUUGGAGCUAGUGCGUAGAUACAAGUCUGCGAGGUUUAAAGCCUUCCGGAACCAUCAGGAUGCUGUGUCCUUUGCUCUGAGAGGAGCGGAGCCUGUUGAAACCCAUGAAGGAAAUGGUAACUCGAUAAUGAGUGAAAAGCCGUACCCGUUCAAAGCUCCGUCUCCACAAGACAUGGUGGCUCUGCGCAAGGCGAUCGAGGCCGGCCUCGUGAGCACGGUGCGGGACCGCAUAUGGGACAACCCGCGGUAUCUAGUCAGCAGUGGAAACACGCCCGCCAUUGUUCAGGAAGGUUCUCGCUACAACGCUUUACACGUGGCGGCGAAGGCAAUGAACGCGGAAAUCUGCAACUUGUUACUGACAACGGUCGGCAACCCGGCCUUCGUACAGACUCUGUCCGGAUCGGACGCCGAUGCUGACUUCUGCAAGGAAUUCGCCGGGAUCCUAGUGGAUAUGUACCUCAACACUCCCGACAAGGCGAUGAACGAGACGCCGUUACACUUCGCCGCCAAGUACGGCGCCGAGAGUGUGGUCGACGUGCUCACAUCCUUCCCGCAGUGCAACAAACUCGCCAAGAACAAGUACGGCGAAAUGGCGAAAGAUAUAAUCUGCAGCCGAUCAUCCACCACAUCCCCAGAAACCAUACGUCGUAUAAAGGCGAUGCUACACGAGCGCUUCUACGUGCCAGUGUUGCACAUCGAGGACGACAGUGGCGCCCCCACCAUUGGAAGGCCUUUCACGCCCACCAAGCCACCCGAAUUAAACCAAGACCCUCUAUCGCCACGGUACGAAAUUCGCGCCUUCGCCGGACCAAUGGAAGCAAAUGACGCGGAGUCAUUUAGACGACGAUGGAAAACGCCCCCUCGAUCCGCUAAACCCACCUUCAGGUUGAAGGAAAUGACCAAAGGAUUGGAGGCCGUGGGCAGGAAUCUAGCUGAACAAAUGAGCGUAGGUUGGAAGGAAUAUUGGCCCUUCUUGGACACGUUCACUGACCUCAGAUCGCCCGAGGGCCUCAAACUUUUCGAGGACUACCUCAAAGCCAAAUACGAAACCGCCUGCUCCUUCGCAUAUAGCGACAGCAUUAACCUAAGCCACACGCAACUCACAUCCGAAGAUUUAUCUAUCUCGAGAAUUAGCUUAGAAAAAAUAUCCCAAAACAGUCCUGCCCCAGAACAAAUCCUAAGCCCAAUCUCUGAACUAUGCGUUGCUAUGAAGACUUGUAAAAUAACUGACAGACCACCCCAUUGGUCGAAAACUGACCCUAUAAGACAACGUCUAUGUAGACAGCCUAAUCCCAAACCGAUAGUAACUAACGGAGACUCCCCAGCACUUAAUCAUACAGUCAGUCAGUUAUUAUGCAUAGAGAGGACAUGCCAAGUGUUUGCGAAUAGAAUAGCAGAUGCCUUAACAUUUUCUCUAACAGCAGAAUUAGAAGUCGCCGGAGAUUCAUUGAAAUCAGAAGCAAAACAUCUUCAACAUACAAUAAAUACGUAUAUGGACGAUGAAAGAUUCAAAGAAAUUAACUUCGCGUUAAUACAUUCUCGAUUAGCACAACUAGUAGUGUACAAACUGAAACAGCAGACAAAAGAAUUGGACGAUAUAAAGAAUCUUGUAGAAUUUUUAGUGAAACUCCGCUGUCCGAACGAUGAUAUAUUCAGCUCGGAUGACGAAAGGAAGCCUUUUUCAUACAGAACCAAUAGGGUUAAAAUUAACCAUGUAAUAGAUAGCCAUGUUAGAUGUUUAGCUAGUUUUCUAUGCGAGGAGUUAACUGAGUCGGACGAAACUAAGGGACCAGCGGUUUCCGAGUUGGAAUGCGGAGAAAUUUGGGAAAAGGCAGGGAAGUGCGGAUGUGACUGGAAGAUCGAGGUUUACGAAAGGAACAGCAAGAAAAAUGCAUCGUUCAGAAAAAACAGAUCGAUUUUGUCUACAAGCCCGAAGAGUGACAGUUUUAUAAGGAGGCUCUCUUUUGAUCACGAAAUCGGUGAUGGAAAAUUACAACACGCUGAGUCAGAAAAGCCUGUGAGCGUGAACUCUCCAGCUGGCGACAGUGCCCCGACGCUAUACAGCGUUGACGUUGCCAAGUGCCGGGUUAUGGACCCAGAGAUAUCGGACGACGAAUCGGUAGCGUCGUGCCAGUCGGAGGGCGAGGAAGCGUACCAGACGGCGUCCGAGGAUCCGUCCAAAGACUCGGACGCAGAAACGAUGCAGGACGCUAGCGACCGGGCGCUCACUGAACCAUUUAUUUACGGCGAGGAGCCCACAAAAAUGGAUAGGCUGGUAUUCGAGGCGAUAUCGGAGUGCCGGAUCACGCCUGACACUUUCCCCAACAUAUACCGCUGGAGGCACACCGUUUCACUGUAUACUCCCGCAGAAAGGGACCAAUGGCAAGCACCGGCAAGUCUGGAUGACAGCACAACAUCUUGUGUUUCAUGGUCUAUGGGUGAAAGCCCCCGCAUAUGCAAAAUGCGAAGUCGAUGCAGCACGCCGCACAAAGACUCGCGAGACCUACGAGACUCGCGGGGUGACAGGACGCUACCUCUGCAGGUAUCAAACUGGCUCCGAGUGACAGGGCCACAUUCACCACGCUCCGCGUUAGCAGCUAAGAACGUCCCACACAACGUCAGCUUCGGUUUUUAGAUAUUAUGUUACAACGACCUUUCUACAUUACACACUAGAUGGGUAACUACGAACAACGGGUAUCAAUUAUUCGUAUUUGCUUAUAACUUGAUGGCCAGUGGUACUGAUUCUGAGCGCAACUAAAUUUCAAAGUAUUCGCAUCUUUUUCUUACCAAUGUAAUAAGAAAAGGACGGACAAACUUAAUUUAAUUUAAAACUGUCAAGUCUCGUGACUUUAGGUACCAGUUGUGAGCCUAUUGUUUAAAUUUGUAUAGUAGACUAAAAUUUAGUCUUUAAAUUUAAAAUUCAUUUUCCGUCCUUUUGAGCAAUAUUAAAACGAAAAAGAUGCAGUUACUCUAAUAUUUAGGGAAAGAUAUCAGAAUCGAUGCCAUACUAAUUUUGACAGUUUUACAGAUAAAUAUUUUCUUCGGAAAUUACCCAUCUAGUGCGUAGUAGUGAGGUCAUUGUUAUUUUAUCAUAGUGACAUUUACGAAUAUAUACAUAUAUACAUUAUAAUUUUCUACAACUGACUUAAGCAGAAACAAGUCGUUUACUGAAACGCGCAAAGUAAGGCAUAUAGGACGUUCUUACAACCAACUAAUAAUGAGAUUGUUAUAAAAGUGAAAAAUCUUAAAGAAAACUGAUCGAAACAAGUCGCUUGCGCGUUUCUCAUAAUGCUAUUUAUCAUCGUUUUUUUUUACAUUUUCGAAGUCAGCUUAGACCCCGUUCACACGGCAUUCGCAUCAUACUUGUAGCAGGAUAAAUCUUACCAAUACGUAGUAGCGCAUACCAUGAGUAGAGCACCGUUUACACGGUUAAAUCUAUUUACGUUUUUCAGUACAAAUAACGUGUGAACGAUUGUAUAUUCAAUGUAUGCGCCACUACGUAUUCGGUAAUAUAUUUUUUUCUGCUAAAAACGUUUUGUGUUAAGGCUUUGUAAAAGGGAUCUAAAUCUUAUCAAAUACGUAGUCGCGCAUACAUUUAGUACAGGACUGUUCACAAAUCAUUUGUACUGUAAAAAACGUAUACGGUUUUAACUGUGUGAACGGUUUUAUACUUAGUAUUUGCACCACUACAUAUUCGGUAAGAUUAUUAAUGUUUAUCAGGUACUUUUAGUUUCUUCCUAGUCUUAUGUUAUAGGUUUUUUCUUAAUUUUAGGGUUCUGUAGUGAAACAAGGAACUCUUAUAGUUUGUCCAGUCUGUGUCUCAGCCAUUUCAAAAAGGCAACUAAUUGGGGCUGUACAGUUGAAGUUGUAUUCUGUCGUAUCGUAACUAAUAAACGUACGAAUACGGAACCCUACCUUAUUCGUGUUCUGAAAUACGCUUGACCAGUAAUUAUACUUAAAUGAUGGGCAUAAACUAUAUGAUACUUUAAUGAGACUGGGAAAAUUGUCUAAAAUUAAAUGACUAAGGCGUACAUUAGUCAUAUUUUGGAUCAUCAUCAUAUUUUUACUUAGGUACCAUUUGAUGAAUAACUAAAAUGAAUAAUGUUCGAAGUACUUAAAUAUGAUCCUAAAAUGGAACGGAUCAUACAAUUGGAUCCAUAAAAAAUAAAUGUGCGCAUGGCUUAAAUAUAUAGGCAAUAAAUGGUCAUUUUCUAGGUAUCAUCCUGAUUCCAAUAUCUAUAUCAACUGUGAACUUUACCUUCAAUAUGAGAUUUUACUUCUCACCAAUUUUGAUAGUCUAACUCUAAACAAAAUAAUGUCAAAGUAAAAUGGACCUAAAGAUCAUUGGUUUAAAGUUAAAAAUUCAAUACCAUUGAUUUUAAUUUCGCAACGUUUCCGCUUGGAGCGCUGGCUGUAAAUAUAUGUACAAACUUGAGCAUUAAAACAAGGCAGUUAAGGGCCAUUUUACCUUAACAUUAAAGUGUUUCGACUCAAAUACUAUCAACGUUGGCGAGAAGUAAAAGCUCAUACGUUUAAUAUGGUGUAUGUAAGUAAAUUGACAUGACUAAGGACUGAUUUGCACGAGAGCUUUUUUAACGUCCGUUAAAAAAGCGUUGAAAUAGAACAAAUGAAUUCCCAAGUAUCUGUUCACACGACAACGCUUUUUUAACGCGUACAACGUUAAUACCCGCCAACGCCGCGUUUUAACGCAACGCUUUUAUAACGCUCGUGCGAAUUAGGGAUUACAGUCUCAUCCUUUUAUAUGUUUAAACCAAUGACAGUUUAAUUCAAUCCUGUUAACUUAGUUUUACUUUAAAAGUAGAAUUGCUAUUGCAAUCAAAAUUGUAGACGAUAGUGAUUGCAAUUGCGUUUCGCAAAUACCCCUCUAUUUUAGGAAUAGUGAAAAUAAUUAUUAUUUUGAUGUAUAUUGACAUUUUAUUUUGUAUUUGCCCAUAUAAUAUACGUAAGUAGUAUUUUUAUGUAAAUCUGGUGAUAGUAUAAAUAUGACAUAAUAAAUUCUUAGAUAGUGAUUCUGUGGUGCUAGCACGAAGGUUGUGAUUAUUACUUUGCGACGAUCGCGAUUAUUCUAAUUGAUUAGAUUAG